GUGCGCCGUGUCGCGCUUCAGCAACCUGUGCGCCUGCGAUGCCGAAACACCGAUGGAUAUUGUGGGUCAAAGUGAAUCGGUGAAUCAGUUCUUUGCGCCGCAACAACAACAAAACACUUGCACGUUCACUACCCGGUAGUGCUCACACUCGUUCUGUUUGCCUCUGAUAAGAAAUUCAAAUCACUCGCAUUUUGAUGAGUUAUUACCGCGUGUGGGUAAUAAACGAGUCAAUAAGCCAACGUACUUACUAGAACGGCUGUAAAGUUGCUACAAAGUUGUUUUUAAGUAAGUUUUCAUGCGGUUAACAAUCGAAAUAUUUGAAAGAAUUGAAUGCAAACCCGGUUGAAACAAUUGACAAUCGAUUCGAUCGUGAUAGAUGAUUAAUCCGCGGAAAAGACGAAUAACAUGCGAAACAUGUUCAUUGACGUAGUGCUUCGUAGUCUGCAAAUAAUGCGUGUUAAAGACGCGAGAAACGCUAACGAUGCGGACGAUAAAAGUUACGAAAAGUGCAAUUUUAAGCGGUCAAACGCGAUGGUGAAACCUAAACGGCCCUCUUUGAAAAUUGAGCGGUCCAAAUCACGACGACAAAAGAAAUGUUUUCCGAGGAUUACUGUGAAGAAAAGAAGUUUGAGAAAGUCAAAAAAGCAGCAGAAUAAUGAGGAUUACGAUCGUGCACGCUUAAUACACAGGCGUGGUGCGAUUCAAUGUGAAAUGAAAAAUCCCUUCAUCAAGCCGUGCAACGAUUCGCCAGUGCCUUGGAUUUUAAGAUGGAAAUAUAGAAAAAUUCAUCCAUUGGAAGAAUCACGUUUACAAGCCCUUGAUGGAGGCUUCUUUGAAACAUUCAGCUUCCGGCUUCAGGACCUGUCGCGCAGCGUCAGUGUCAAUGAACAAUUGGAGAAAACGAAACUUGCGGAGGCGGCCAGUAAUGUUAUGGCCGACCUUCCGCACCAAGCAUUACCCGAGCCAGAAAUUAAUAUUGCAAAAGAAGAAGAUGGUACUGAAGAGAAAGAAGGAAGUGAAGAAAAUGUUAGCGUAACAACCGACAGUGAAGUAGUUGCAUCGUCCGACUCGGAAACCGAAGAUAAAGAUAAGGCCAACGAUUAUUUGGCCAUUGCCUGGAACAUUGAUGAACUGUAUUUGGAACUACUUUAUGAAAUUCUGCACAAUGUGGGCUGCGACGAAACAUGUGAGAUCAACCAGAGUGAUCUUUUCAGUUAUCUACAAGAUGCAUUUAAAAUGAAUAAUGGGCGCCAUGGAGAACUUCUUGAUGAAGCUAUCAAAAAGGAAGCACCCGAAAUAGUCCUAAAUGUAGAAAUCGUAGAAGCCAAAGAUUUAACAGCAAAAGACUCGAAUGGUUUAAGUGAUCCGUUUGUUACGGUAUUUCUGAAUUCAAACGCAAUGCAUCGAUACAACACAUCCGUGAAGGAAAAAACACUGACGCCCGUUUGGGAAGAGCACUUUGCAUUGCCAGUUUCAAACAUCAAUAUGAGUGAUUGUCUCUGCCUGGAGGUCUGGGAUUUCGAUCCAGCUGAAACAGUUCGUGAUAAACUUGGUAAAUUCGUCAGUGUUAAAGGAGCUAAGGGAGUGAGGAAGCUUCUCAAAGAAAUUGCCAUAACUGCGACGACAGGCCAACAUCAGAACGAGCUAAUUGGAAAAGCAUCGAUUCCACUCAAUAGCAUUCCAUCGUGUGGUUUGCUGAUGUGGUACGAUCUAAAGAAGAAAAACAGAACACAGAAACGCGGUUGCGUCAAAGUACGUCUCACAUUUAGUUCUGAAAAGAAUUGCCGUGUUGCUUCUCAGGAACAUCGACAUCUUCUAAAAAUCCUGUUGUUGUAUGAACUUGAGAACUCAAAAACAAAUCCUUAUUGGUGGUGUGGUAAUUUUAGUCCUUAUGCUAAAGCGCUUCUGACGAGACACAUAGUUCAAAGUGGAUUACAGUCUGUCGAUGUUGCACAUACCCAGUGGGCUGUUUACAGUAUGGUCCAUCAAACACACCCGCUUAGUUUUAAUCUCUUCUCGUGCCUUUUGGAUAAAUUGAUCAAACCACUACAGAACAAUGCAAUAUGCGAUGAGGAAGCAAAAAUAUUUUGGGACUCUACUAAGAAAUUGCUUCCAUCCAUUUUCUCAAUCAUACGUAAAAUUAGACGAAAAAGCAACAACGAAAAUGUUGAAAUGAAGAAACUUAUUGACGUACUUAAUAUAUUGAUGAAGUUGCGCAUGUUGGAAGCUCCCGGGGACUUGCAAUUAUUCCCAGAAAAGAGUUUCCCCUGGAUUAAAACACAGUUGAAUUCCAAUUGGGACACAGAAACAGUAAUGCAUGAAGCCGUCCGACACGGUGCUGAAGACUGGUAUAAUCAUUUGUUGGAAAAUAAUGUAAGGGAAAAUGAAACAGACGUCGGAAAAUUGCAAUAUUUGAUAAAAAUUAUUACCUUGAUAAGGAGUGAUAUUCAGAAAGCGGUGGAGUUCUAUGACAAACAUUUUCAGAGCAUUGUCAAUUUGCCAUAUGCCAACAUUUUGUAUACAUUCUAUCAAGAGAAGAUAUCAGUGUUAGCCAAAGACGAUGUUGAACAAACGAGCAAGUCCAUCAAGAAGUUGUCAUACAACGGCUUUCAACCUUCUGAGCGUGAUUCGACUGAACCUUUGGCGGUGGGGACUACUCUGUUUGAACUGUAUCUAAUUUUGGAACGCUUUGUGAUCUUGGGACAAGGUCUGUGUCCCCAAGACAUGGAGGACAUGCCGAUUAAAAACUUCUACAUCUGGUUCAACGAGGGUGUCGGUCAAUGGUUAGAAAUUGCUGCAUUUAAAGCUCUUACUCGCAUUGAAAAGGCUAUUGAUUUAGAUCAAUUCGUCCCCGUGGACAGUUCGGUAAAAUACAGUUCUUCUGCAAUAGACACGCUGCAAAUUUUCUAUCAGAUUAAAAUAUUCUGGCAGCAGUUAAACUGGCCCGACGUUGAAGGGAGUUAUAUAUUUAUGGCUAAAAUUAUCGACGAUAUUUGUAGGUGCAGUUCGUUCUACGCUGAUAAAAUGUCUGCGCGCGUGGAGGGCAUGGGCGACUAUAAAGAUGUUUACGAGAGCAAGUUUGAAGUCACCAAGGAGUGGUGUCAAGCCAUAAACAAUAUCGAUUAUGUUCGCACAAAACUGAAACCUUUCAGUAACGAUCUCGGGAAAGAGGAGCUUUUGAAAAAGCUUGCGGACUUUAAUUCCACGGCUGCGCAAAGAUGUGGAGAGGCUUUGGAUUUAGUCAUGUACAACGCAUUAGACACUAUUAAGAAUAAAAUUAUCGAAUUGCUGGAGGUGAUGGUGGAUAAAAUGACGCCUUCGAUGAAAAGGCUUCUUAUUGAAGGUGCAGAACUUUAUCAACAAGAUAGUAAUAGUAUUGAUAGAGUUAUGAAAUACAUCGAUCGUAAUUUAGAGACGUUAUAUCAAGAACUGAACGAAGAAAACUUUAAUAAAACAUUGCUUAUUAUUUGGGACAAGUUGGGUACCAUAUUGGCUGAGCUUGUUCAAACAAGUUUAGAAAAACGGCGCCCACCUUCUUUCUUUGCAAAUCUACAAGAAACAUUAAAAAUUAUGGUCAAAUCAUUUAAAAGUGCUGAUGAUACACAUUCAUGUCCUGCCUUGCAAAAAACCGAGAGGCUGUUAAAAUUACAUGCGCUUGAAACCGGUGCCUUAAUUCAUCAAAUCAAUUUAGACUUAUAUAAAGAACAACAAGCUUUAGAGGAGUCACCACAUGGUCAGCUCUGUGUUCGAAUGAAAGUGGUAAAUACAGACUUGCACAUAGAAAUUUUGAAUGGCCGCAAUCUUUUCGAAAUGAACUCUACCGGAGCCUCUGAUUCUUUCGUAAGAGUUCACAUGCUACCCGAAGAAAAGUUUGUCGGUGUGAAUCGACCGAAAACUCAAAUUCAUUACAAAGAGGUAUUCCCUUUGUUUGAUGAGAAAUUUGAUAUCGUACUUUCUUCAGAGCAUCACAAUGUCGAAGACGCUUUGGUGCUAUUCAGCGUUAAAGAUUAUGACAUGAUGGGACUGAAUAAUCAAUAUAUUGGCGAGGCGUUUGUGAGUCUGAAAGACAUUCCCAAGACGUCGCAAUCAUUUGAAAAUUUACCACAAGUUCUGUUGCAAUUAGUACGACCGACAUCACUAAAUACAGAGGCUGUGAAAGCGUUAGAAUAUAGACAGGGAGAUAAAUUGGCAAAAGAGUUUCUGAAGAAGUAUAAGCAGAAGAUGGGAUCCGCCUCACCAUAAGACUGGAACAUUUUAUAACCGAAUAUGCAUGGAAUUUAGUGUGUAGGACAUUUAUUUAUUACAGUGACAAACCUGCAGUGUAUUUAUUAUCCGAAAACUAUGAAGCCACGUAUUAUUAAACGUAAUUUGUACUUCAAUUAUAAGCCAAGUGAACCCGAAUAUAUCUAACGUUGUUUAUGUUGGGGUAUUCAGUUUGUUAGAAGAAUAACGGAACUCUUAGAUUUCAAUAAUUAUUUGUUUAUUACUUUGCCCAAUAUAAUAUCAGUUUGUUUCUUUCAA